AUGGUUGGAACGAAAUCAACACACGUGGAUGACAUGUCUUACAUGCGGAAGAUCCGGAAGCCGCUGGUAGAGAAAAAGAGACGGGAAAGAAUGAAUCAAAGUAUUUCACAGCUGAAGUCACUCAUCGCACAGACCAUUCAGCAGAAUACUGCCCCUAUGACACGGGUGGACAAGGCCGACAUUCUCGAGCUCACCGUAUUUCAUCUUGCACAGUUACAACAACAACAACGAUCUGUAACCAUGGCGACAGAGGCUGCAGCAUUCAGUGCGGGAUACAAAGCGUGUGCACGUGAUGCCGUGACGUACUUGGCAAACAAUAAGACAAGUUCUGCAGUCACUGGAUCCCUGAGCACUCAUCUUCAUAGUUCAUAUCUGAUGCACAGCAGACGGCAGCAAACAACAACCCAUCUGCAAAAUUAUCCAAGAGGCGGUACCUCUCAGAGAAACACGGAUCGUCUGUCGACCCCGCUCAGAUCUUAUGACAGUUUAAAUACUUCUUUACCCGAACUGAAUCUGUCCGGAUAUUCGCCUAUCCUCAACAGUACACAAACUCUACCGGAACUUACGUCAUCAUUUAUACAUACGGGUCUCACGUUUAGUCCUUCUACGGAUUGUUCCAGUGCCAGUUCCAGUGUAAGCAUUUCGUCCAGUGAAUCGUGCAUGUCCUAUUUUGGUAACAGCACAGACGAUGACUCUACAGCAAACAAUGAAGAGAAGGAUGUGAACAAUUGUAUAGAUGUUGUAACGAUUGGUAAUGGGAAGGAAAACGAGAUUGGUCACGUGAUAAAAGAAGUUCCAUGGCGGCCCUUUUAGGACAAUAUUAGUUUUACAUGAUCUUAACGUUGAAAUUUGUUGUUUUGAAGGAAUGUGCUAUAUCAAAAUUCAAUUGUGUAUAAUUGUAAAUGUGUA